AUGGCUAUAUUAAUGUGUAGAAUAGCACGUCUACCAACUAACAAUAUUUCUAACGGUAAAUUUUCUCAAUCAAUCGUUGAAUUAAAUAAACCAAUGACUGAACAAUGGAUCCGAGAAUUUCAUAAUAUAGAUACAAAUCAAACUUAUACAUUAAAAAGUGAACAAUCUUUAAAUCAAAAAGGAGAUGAAUUAUUAGUAGAAACAUCAAAAUUUUUAAAAAAUAAUAUUAAAUUAAACAUCCACUUAGACACAUAUCCAUUGAUUGAUCAUAAUAAUUUUGUGAAUGGUUUUGGUAUGCAUUCAGUAUGUUAUAGUUUUAAUAUUGGUUCCUGGUCAAACAACAUUAAGCUACCAACAAUAGUAUCCCCAUCGAUUAGAGGAUACAGCAUAUGUAAUUCUAAUGAUACUGAUAAAUGGAAUUUUCAUGUUGAAAUAUAUACUCCACCGUUACCUAAUAGAAAACUGGUAGCUAGUUAUUCCGGGCAAAUGGCAAUGAUAUGA